AUGUCUCUCAGCUCUAUGUCCCUCAGCUCUAUGUCUCUCAGCUCUAUGUCCCUCAGCUCUAUGUCUCUCAGCUCUAUGUCUCUCAGCUCUAUGUCCCUCAGCUCUAUGUCUCUCAGCUCUAUGUCUCUCAGCUCUAUGUCCCCCAGCUCUAUGUCCCUUAGCUCUAUGUCUCUCAGCUCUAUGUCCCUCAGCUGUGUCCCUCAGCUCUAUGUCCCUCAGCUCAAUGUCUCUCAGCUCUAUGUCUCUCAGCUCUAUGCCCCUCAGCUCAAUGUCUCUCAGCUCUAUGUCCCUCAGCUCUAUGUCUCUCAGCUCUAUGUCUCUCAGCUCUAUGUCCCGUCCCUCAGCUCUAUGUCCCCCAGCUCUAUGUCCCUCAGCUCUAUGUCUCUCAGCUCUAUGUCCCUCAGCUCUAUGUCCCCCAGCUCUAUGUCCCUCAGCUCUAUGUCUCUCAGCUCUAUGUCCCUCAGCUCUAUGUCUCUCAGCUCUACGUCCCUCAGCUCUAUGUUCCUCAGCUCUAUGUGCCUCAGCUCUAUGUCCCCCAGCUCUAUGUCCCUUAGCUCUAUGUCUCUCAGCUCUAUGUCCCUCAGCUGUGUCCCUCAGCUCUACAUCCCUCAGCUCUAUGUUCCUCUGCUCUACGUCCCUGAGCUCUAUGUUUCUCAGCUGUGUCCCUCAGCUCUACUGCGCGGUGGCUGUAGCUCGUGUCCUCUGAGCCCUGAGAGUCGCGCUCAGACGUGGGCUGUUGUGGAGGAGCAGUGGAGCGCUCCGGCCCUGGCCCCCAUGUCUGCGAUCAGCCAUGCAACAACAACACAGAGGCAUCAAUCAGACAUCAGUGCGAUUCAGCGGACACCCGGGACCAUGUCAGACGCACACUCAUCCCACCCUCCUCCACGCCUCACCUCUGACAGCACUGACUCCGCCCACCUCUGCGCCAUAGGAAAGUUAUCAGUCACAUCCAAGCAUGUCGACCAGGGACGCUGCUCACGCUCCAAACACCCGCGGCUUGUGAUCCGGGCCCAGAAAGCACCAGGAGACCCGUGUCAGCGCACUGUCCAAGAACACCUGUGCUGUCUGAGUGAGGUGCUCUUUUAUCCCAACAGCUGCGUGGACGCACCCUGGACACUGAGGGAGGAGGUGACUGACGGGAUGAGCACAACCUUGGCCUGGACAGCUCUCGGAGACCCAAAGACGGCUCACACAAAGUGGGGAAAUACGACACCAAAAGGCUAA